AUGACAGGGCGGCCAGCGGAGGAGCUGCUCCAGCUCUACCAGGAGCUCACACACCCAGGCGGCAACUACUACACAUCCACGAGCAUACAGCCGCAGCGACGUGGUUACGCAGACGUGCGCCCCGCCAGCGGUGGUGUUGGGGUUGGCGACAGCUCCACACCAGUGAAUGUGUCGACACGAAACGGACACGCCGCCGCGUCGCUGCGUGGCGAUGGAGGUGCAAACCGCAGCAAACAUCACGCCACCAGUGCCAAUGACGAUAGAAAGGGAGAUGGGAAGGACAUCCAACUGCGCGCGUGGCGAGUGACGGCUGAGGAUGGAGUGGGCAAAAUCAACAACAAAAGCAGCAGCGGCAGCAGGCGUUACACCACGCGGAGCAGUCACAACCACGCAGUUGGGCAAGGGUCCGCUUCAGUGGGGCUGGUCAACAGCCGCAGUGGGAGCACGCGACUGAGCGCCCGGCUGGCACAGGCUCUCAAGCAGCAUAGAGGCGACCCAGAUAUCAACAACGGCAACCUAGACAACCCCCAGCCUAAUGACGUGGGAACCAGUGGAAUCCCGGAUGGCGACGGGGUUAUUCAUCGUCACGUGGAGUUGUCCUUGUCGUCGCAGCCUGAGGCGUCGCAGAGGUUUGCCUGCUGGCUGUGCGAGACGCCGUGUGCGGGGCCNACGUGGAGUUGUCCUUGUCGUCGCAGCCUGAGGCGUCGCAGAGGUUUGCCUGCUGGCUGUGCGAGACGCCGUGUGCGGGGCCCGGCUGGUUGA